AUGGCCGACGCGAACAAUCCAUCGACGAUGGAGAAGAAACGCGGAGAUGCUGCUGGGAAUCAGGUAGUGUCCGACAAAGCAGUGGUCUGGAAGUCCAUGACAUUGCGCCAGAAAUGGUCCUACUUCACCAGCAACAUCACCGUGGAGCCUAUGGUCGCCUGUUACGUGAUUCCCUGUAUGCUAGCCUCCCUAGCCACGCAGAAUCUCAGUUUGGAAAAAGCGUGUAGAGUGAACCUGGCUUAUCCCGACGAAGUCUGCACGGCACUAGCCGAGAGGAACACGACCGGCUACGAGGCGGAAGAAACUGCCGUUCAACAACUGGUAGCUGGCAUGCAGACGUGGAAAACAGCUCUGACCAGCGGUCUACCCACGAUCCUGAUCCUCUUUAUGGGUGCUUGGAGCGAUCGUACAGGAUUGAGGAAACCGUGUAUGCUGUUGCCUAUCGUUGGUGAAUUUCUGAGCAGCGUCAGCAUGUUACUGUGCACAUACUUCUUUCACGAAGUUCCCAUGGAAGCCACGGGCGUGUUCGAGGCACUUUGGCCAGCGUUGACUGGAGGCUGGUUCACCAUGUUCAUGGGUGUUUUCAGUUAUAUCGCGGACAUCACGACCGUCGAGUCCAGGACGCUUCGAAUCGGUGCUGCGAAUGUUUUCUUGUCGCUCGGCGUGCCGAUCGGAAUGGCACUCUCCGGUAUAUUGUACUUGAAACUUGGAUUCUACGGUGUAUUCAGCAUCUCGACCGUGUGCUACGUGCUGAGCUUUAUUUACGGGUUAGUGGUGAUCAAAGAGCCGCCUAGACCACAUUUGAAGCAGAAGCCGGAAAAGACGCAGGAGAAGAAGAUGUCCGUGUGCGCGUCGAUCUUGGACUUCUUUGCAUUUAAACACAUCGAAGAGACUUUUCGCGUUGCUUUCAAGCAGGGUAGGAACAACCGACAGAAAAGGGUGCUGGUGCUUAUGGUCAUUGUUAUGGUCGUGAUUGGUCCACUUUAUGGUGAGAUGGCGGUGAUGUAUCUUUACAUGAGAUACAGGUACCAUUGGAACGAAGUUAUGUUCAGCAUGUUCACCACGUUCGCCAUGGUGACGAAUCUAAUCGGUGAGUAA